AGAAGUGAAAGAUGGUCGUGAGUGAACUCGUUUUAGGUUACAAUACAGUCUGUUUACUGCAAAUUUGUUUUACAGCUUUCUGUUUUGAUUCCAAUUCUAUCUCUAAUGCAAGACAAAUUUAAUAAAAUAGUUUUGUAUUUCAAGCUGAAAUCAGAAUUUAUUUCCAAAUAAUACACCAACAAUUGUUUUAUUAGUUUGCUUAUCGACCGACUUUUGUGAUCUUAUUUUAUUAGUAGCCCAAACAUGUUUUCUAUGAGAACGGAUGUGUAAGAAUGUACUGCGAGUGCAAUAAGGAAUUCCCUCCACUUAUGAAAUGGCUACCACAGCAGAAUUGGAAGAAUUCAUGCAGGGGCCUCUCGUAAUAUGGCUUCGUUCCUGCUUGGAUAAUCCCGAUGCUCUCACAGAUUAUAAUGAUUUGGCUGAUGGUGUUAUGAUUUACAAUGUGCUGCUCUUGAUUGAUCCAGAACCCCUGCACUAUGGAGUGGCGCCUAGCUUGGGGAAUCCGACUCUUAGAGUGCGCAAUUUUGAUUGCAUUAUCAAAAAUAUCAAGACUCUAUACGAGGAAGAGCUAUGCCAGCUGGUGAUGAUGGUGCCCGACUGCGUGCAACUGGGCCGCGAGCCUGACUCCCGCCUGGGCGUGGAGCAGAUGCGACUGUUGCUGCUGCUGCUGCUUGGCUGCGCGGUGCAAUGCCCCAACAAGCAGUCAUUCAUCGAGCAGAUCAAGUCGCUCGAAGUUGACGCUCAGCAUGCGCUCGUCGACUGCAUCAAACAGGUGACUGAGAGUCAAGAAAUCGUUCUGACUCAGGAGAGCUGCGAGUGCCUUUCUCCCGAACUCAUGCUCACGCACAUCAGGCGGCUUGUCAAGGAGAGGGAUCGCUACUUGCAGCACUGGGUGACUCAGGACGAUAGGAAGACUGGGGGCGGCAACAGCUCUCACAGUGGUGGAGGCGGCGGAGGUGGCGGUGGUAGCGGGGGGCAGUCGUCGUCCAAUCAGCUGUCAGGAGGCAACGAGAGUCAGCACCUGGCUGUAGAGCUGGCAGACUGGAAGGCGCGCCUCAGGAAACUCAGACAAGAAUUAGAAGAAAAAUCGGAGGCUUUAAGUGAAGCGAGAGAAGAGCUUGAGCAAAAUCGGACCAUAGUCUCAAAGCUGAGAUCGGAGAUGAACGAGCUGAAACAGGCGGCACGAGCGGGCAAAGCUUACAGAGACGAGGUGGAUGCACUGAGAGAGAAGGCCGAGCGAUGCGAGAAGCUGGAGAGUGAGGUGACUCGGUAUAGAGACAAGCUCAGUGACCUCGAGUACUACAAGUCCAGGGUCGAAGAACUGAGACAGGACAAUCGGGUUCUGGAAGAGACCCGGGAAAUGCUUGAGGAACAGUUGAUGCGGUCUCGCAAAAGGGCAGAGCACAUGGUCCAACUGGAGGCCGACAUUCUCAAGUACAAACAGACUAUCAACGAUCUGGCUCUGGAAAGAGAGGCUGGUCAGGAGAGGAUGCAAGAACUAUUCGAAGAGAAUGCACAACUCGCACUGCUCAGUAAAUCAACCUCUCAUCAAAACUCUACCACAGAUUCCGAUCAACUUGAGGAUACUGAAACUGGCUCGGGUGAUAACAGCCUUUCAGAGCAGUUGACGAGCAAUGCACAGGCGCGUGCCCUCCGUUUGGAAUUGGAGAACCGUCGCUUGGCGUCGACCGUCGAGAGUCUCCAGGAGGCCGCGCUCCACCAGACCAAUCAGCACAUACUCGACCUCGAAAAGGACAAGAAGAAACUGUCUCUACAGGUUGAAGAUUUGGAAGAGAAUAAGCGAAAACUACUGCAGCACAACGCGGAAUUGGAGACAACUGUGAAGAAUGCUCAACGUGAUACAAAGAAAAUGCAGGAGCUGCGGGAUACGCUGCAACUUCAGCUUCAGAUUCGCAGUGACGAGGCAGACAACCUGCUAAGAGAGAAACAGAGAAUGGAGAGGCGAAUGGAGGAGCUGGAGGUGUCGCUGGAGAACGCCAAGCAGCAGGCCGAGAAGGUGCCCGAGCUGGAGGAAGCCCGCAGCAGGGCUGCCAACCUCGAACGGGACAUUACAAGGCUCAAACAUGCUCUCGAGGUGAAAGCUGUUUCUUUGGACAAAUUGUCAACAGAGAUCGAAGUGGUCAUGAAAGAGAAGUCUGAACUCGCCAAACAAUUGGAAAAAGCCAACCUGCAGAUUUCAAGAUUACAGCAAUUAGAGCAUGAGUCGAGGGAACUGGAGAGUCGAUCAGCUGUUGAUAAGGCGGCGAUCACAGCGCUGCAAAGUGAGCUGGUGGCAGAAAAACUCAACACACAACGACUGAAGGGCAGUCUGGAGAAACUCGGACUGGCGCUUGAUCACUUCUCCGAUCCUGACAAUGCUUUGGAUAGGAUUCUGUCGAGUCCGGAAGUGCUGAAGGCAGUGAAGUCGCGGCUGGCCCUGGAGGAGGAGUCAAGCAACGACAGCGACAUGACUACCAAUGCCCACCUGCAGGUAGAGUUGGCAACACUGCAGUCGCAGGUCGCCUCGCUCAACUCGCAGCACACCGCCCUGCAGCUCGCCAACUCGCAACUUGUCGCCGAAAAGGAAGAGAUUCUGAACGAGCACGCCAAACAGACGAAAGACCACCAACAGCUGUUGGUGGACCAGCUGACACUGCAGAAGCUGCACGAACAGCUGACGGGCGAGUACGAGACGCUGGUGAAGGAGCGCGAACAGCUGAAGGCGCAGCAGCGCGACGUGCGCGGCGAACACCGAACAUUGCGCGAGCAGUGCGACCUGGUGCGCGCGCACAACACCAAGCUGCUCGCCCAGGUCGACGCGCUCAAUGCCGAGUCGCGAACACUCAACAACCUCCGAGCCGAACACUCAAAGUUGAAGGAAGACUUCAGAAACCUGUUUGCGGCAUCGGAUAAAAUCAAAACAGACUACCGAAGUGUGCAGGAGGAGUACAGAGCACUGAAGCUGGAGUGUGGCAGACACAAGCUGGAGAACACUGAACUGCAGGGCGAACUGGUGCAGCGCAAUGAUGUGCUCACCACUCAGCAGGUGCAGAUAUCAAAACUCACCAGCCAAAAUGAGGCAUUAAUUCAAAUGAAGAACGGCCUUGAAGAGGACCGUAGAUCGCUAAUGGAACAUGUUUCUGUCCUUUUGAGUCAGUAUCAUGAGCUCUUGACGCACUCUCUUGAAGACAAAGAGCAUUAUCACACUGAGGAAAAGCUUUUCACCGAUAAACUGAACAACCUUUGUCGUCAGAAGGAGAAGCUCGAAGAGAAAAUAAUGGAGCAUUACAGGAAGUUGGAUAGUUGUCCUACCAAAAAGAAAAGUUUUGGUGCAAGCUUAGUGAGAAGAGUAAGAAAGGCUGGCUCUGAUUUGAUCAGUAAAAGCAGGCGAUCGUGGCAUGACGAGGCAGCCAGGCGAGGCACUGACUCUGACACCAGUUUGGAGGAUGUACGCACAAGACAAGAUGGUUUGAGUCUAGGUACUCCUGGCACAAGACGAACCGUUUACUAUUCGGGUGAUGAAAACUCUACCACCAAUGAUCAAGAGGAUAACCAGAAAAAUAUACCAGAGGGGGAUCCCCAGUCGUCAGCUCCACAGCAGCAGGAUCCUGGGCAACUGCUCGUCUACAACCGAUUGACUACAGUGCUGGGAAGCGCAGCCACCCCUCCCCACUCUCCUACCCCCACCACCCUGUCCCAGCAGAACAACAAGCAGGCCAACUCUCCCGAAAACAAGAACUCUGUCUGGUAUGAAUAUGGCUGCGUAUGAAACCACCCCAUCAACUAUUCGAAUAAGUAUUAAAUUUAUCUGUUUAUUUAUUUUAUAGAUUAAAAUCAAGACUUGACAAUAUAACACCAUGCAACGUAAUUUAAUAGCAAUAUUAUUGAGCAAUCAUUUAUUGAAAUAUUUUUUAAACGUAUAUCGAAUUCACAAAGUGCUUAGAAGUUGUAGGUUGAAUAAGUUGGUAAUGUUGGACGAAUAUCUCAACUUUGACUCUGAACUUAAACUCAAGUCAAUUUACAAAAAAAUAUAUAAUGCUUGAAACUUUCCUCUAAUACAAUUUAUUAUAAUACUGUUAAGAACUCUGUUUUUCACAAGAUUUUAGUUUUAUCUGACAUUCUUAUAAAAAUAAUAUCAGUAUUCAAUAUCACAUUCAUCUUGAAAAUACUGUAAAAUUCACAGUACGAGGUAAAACUCUAACUUCAAAUCUGUAGAAAAUACUUUGUUGAAUACACGAUCAGUUAAAUUCUCCACUAUUAGUAAAAUGACUGUACUUGUUGAGUAUGUAGGCUUCUUCAAUUACUUCUAACUUCUGAAAAAUUGAUCCCUAGAUUCAACUAUCCUCCAAUUAAACAAUAACUUUUAUCGUUGUACUUAAAAAUAGAAUCAUACUUAUCGAAGAAUCUUAUUUCAACUUCCAUUAUAUUCUAAAUACAUUAUAAGACUUAGAAUUAUUAUCCUAUUUCAAAGUUAGGAGACAGAAUUAGACAGCGUGUCUACUAACGUUGAUCCUAUUUAGGCUAUAUAUUAGCGAGUAAUAAUGAUAUGUGUUUAUUUUCAUAUCUCUUUUAUUGAGAAAUGUGGUAUUAUUACAUUGAAAAUCAAAACAUUUUUUGUACUUAUCGAUACUAACUUUUUCUUUAAGGCUCUAAUAUUGUAGAGAUUAUCUUAUUUUAUAAGGUUGUUCCUAGAUAUUCAAUUUUAUUGAAUUAUUUAUAAAGUAAAGGAGUUUCUAUCUUCAUGAAUUGAUUUCUCUUUAUUUCAAAAAUACUUGGAGAAUAAAUAGUGAACGAGCUCCUGUCUAGUUUCAGAAGCAUUUGUCUGCUAUUUUAGGCUACAAAGCAAGUAAAAAAAUCGUAAAUAUUAUCUAGGCUUUACUGUUUGCAUUUUUUUAAUAGCAUGAAACUCAAGUUGAUCCUCUUGGUUGAUAUUCAACAAAUUGUUAUCGUUAGCAAUAAUUAUUGUAAGAAUUUUCUUCAUAACUGAAAUACAGACAAUAGGGCAUUAUUAUUGCGACAAACUGAUGUAAAAUGUGAUUAUGAAUUAUUUUUCCCCAUAUAUAUUUGAUAAGGCUGUUUCUGUUGAGUAAUGCCCCUCGACUUAAUAUUGUUGUGUAAUGAUUUAUUAGAGUUCUUCAAGAAUGAUAAUAAAAAUCAAAUUAAAUUUGACAAUUUCUUGACCUUGAAAACUGCGUUGUAGCGAUGACGUGAUUUUUCCUUGCUUGAUUACCGACAUGCAGCUAUUAAUUACAAAUGUAAGGAACAAUUUGUGAAUUUCCCGCGUUAUUGAAAACAGCUGAUCGUUUGCAGAUCAAAGGGUUAACUGAACCACAAAUAGUAUCCUAUUGAGGAUGAACAUAAUGCUUUGUACCAUUUCAUAAACCUUCGGAAAAUCGCAUAGAAUUGUACAUGUAUGUGAGUGGAGCAAGAACUUCAACCAACAUGACAAUAAAAAACACUGAAUGGAAAGUGACAAUUUAAUAUUUUUCAGAUAACUCUUGAUUGUAUUAUAUGCAAGAACUCAUAAAUACAUGUACAGAAAAUCAAAAUAGAGUCUAGCAUGACAAAUACAAUAAUUCAACCAAAAUAAUUCAACAAUAGAUUGUAAAUGAAAAAAACACUGGCAUAAAAUUACUCUUGUUCGCCAGUGGGAGUAGGAGAUAAGAUUAUUAUACACUUAACUUGAUUCACAAAAAGACUCACAAUUUUUUCUCUCCAAGCUCCUUUUUUAUUAAUGACUAGCAGGUAACGCAUGCUCCGGAAGGGUUCACUUUGAAACUUGACAAACUGAAAACUUGACGUAAUGAAAUCUUGAAGAAUUGAAAAUAGGCCUAUAACUAUCCUUGGUUAAUUAAGAAUCUAUAUGUAGAAUUAAAAGUAAAUCAGUCCAGUAGUUCAGACGUAAUGAUGCGUCAAACAUAAUUUUCAUAUCCCAUGCAUGUAUAAGCCAGUUUUUCCCUUUAUUAGAUAGAUGAUGUAAAUUGAAUUAUAAAUAACCUGCAAUCAAACCUUUGGAAUUUGGAAUUAUUCUCAACUCAG